CGCCCCUUCGCAAAGGAAGGGGGGGGAGGGGGGGGGGGAACGACGCGACAACACCGAAACGUCUCCCCAGGAAAAUUAAAAAAAUCAAAAACGCCGCCAAAAACGCCUCCAAACCUUCACCGAAACCACCCGAGCCGACGGGAGAAACCCAAAUCAAAUAGAAACGGCAAAAAAAAAAACCAAAAAACCCAUCGAAAAAUCGGAUUUCUAAAAGUUUUCGAAGCGAUUAUGGAGAAACCCGGCAGAACGGAUUGCCCGGCGUUACCGCCCGGCUGGAAGAAGGAAGAAGUGAUCCGAAAAUCCGGUUUAAGCGCGGGGAAAAGCGAUGUUUAUUAUUUUAGCCCGAGUGGGAAGAAAUUCCGCAGCAAACCGCAGCUGGCUCGGUACCUGGGGAACUCGGUGGACCUGAGCUCCUUUGAUUUCCGCACGGGGAAGAUGAUGCCCAGCAAGCUGCAGAAGAACAAACAGAAACUGCGCAACGACGCCCUCAACCCCAACAAGGUUUGCUCCAAAAAUUCCAAUUCUUUAUCAUUUCUUUUUUGGGAGAAGCGGCUGCAGGGCCUGAGCGCUUCAGACGUGAGUGAAGAAAUCAUCAAAUGCAUGGAGCUGCCCAAAGGGCUUCAAGGAGUCGGCCCCGGAGCCAGCACGGAGUCGUUGCUUUCGGCCGUGGCCAGCGCCCUGCACAGCGGCUCCGCUCCCAUCACGGGGCAGAACUCGGCGGCCGUGGAGAAAAAUCCGGGAAUUUGGCUCAACACGUCCCAACCCCUCUGCAGGGCCUUCGUGGUCACCGACGACGACAUCCGGUGAGUCCCAAAAUUGCAUUUUUUACACCCAAAAAAUUCCACACUUUUCACUGAACAUGUCGGUUUUUACCC